AUGGCUAAGAGAAAGGGCCCUGAAGGCGAAGAUGACAGCGCCAGUCAUCAGCAAAAGAAGGGCCCUGGAAGAGAACGCGGUGGAAAGAAGCGAAAGACUCCGUCGUCUGCACCCGAUCAGACUACCUCAGCUGCUGCAGAUGGCUCUGUGUUGCCCCAAACCCAGGAAUCUCUAGCGUCCAGUUAUCAGGAGUUGCAGACCCCAGAAACUCCCAUCCAGCAGCCUUCCAAAUUUUGGACCAACGAACUUAGGAUCGCCUUGCUUGUCGCAGUUCUGAAGGAACUCGAUCACACAAUUUCGGAGAAGACUUGGCACCAGGUUGCUGAAAACCUCAAACUAAUGAAGCCUAACAUCUCUUGGAAUGGCGCUCGCUUGGAGUUCGGCCGUCUCAGAAGACAAAAUUUCCCCAAUACUACGCCCGCCCCGAGCGGCCGACAUGACAAGCUCGCUCAAAACUCGAAGGACGAGGAUUAA